GUCUCCUUUGGGAGCCGAAUGGGAGAAGGGGAGGGAAGAUCUAGAGGGAGAGAGGAAGAAGUGGGGGGACUCGACCUCUUCACCUCUUCUAGAUCCUCCUCCUCCUUUUGCUAGAUUCCGACGCUAUGCGACGGUCCAUCGGUAAGAUCGCCUUUGCAUCCGAUUCCUUUGGUGCAUGCCUUGCUUGUAGAGAAAAGCGAGCAACUUUUUAGCAGAAAGAUUGGAUUUUUUUUUUCCGUUCGUCGUGGUCCGGUGUAAGGAUCAAUCUGAUGCAUGUGUGAAGCUGUUUUGACUUUCCCCCAUAAAGUCUGAUGUCUUCCUUGUGACACAGUGACCCUUUUGACCAUCAAAAUGUGGAGGCUUGGUUCACACUCCAUAACUGGAAAUUUAGGUCCAAAAAGCAUCUCAUCGAAGCCAAGCUCUGCAAAUGUUGAUUGUUCUGAUGACGAAGCUACACCACAUGCUCAUAGGGAAGAAGGGCUUGAAUGCCCAAUAUGCUGGGAAUCUUUCAACAUUGUGGAAAAUGUGCCGUAUGUUUUAUGGUGUGGCCACACCCUCUGCAAGAACUGCAUCCUAGGACUUCAGUGGGCUGUCAUGAAAUUUCCAUCUCUACCUGUCCAGCUUCCCCUCUUCAUUUCAUGCCCAUGGUGUCACUUAUUAUCUUUCCGGCUGAUUUACAGGGGUGAUCUAAAGUUUCCAAGAAAGAACUACUUCUUACUCUGGAUGGUUGAGAGCAUGAACUGUGACCAGGCAAAAUCUUAUUCUUCAUUUAACACAGACAGCCAACUGGUAUGCCCUCCAAAUGGUGGUUUGACUGUGGGCAACAAUAACAACCACCAGAACCUCAGAAGAAUCCCCCAAUACAGGCAUCUGGAUGAUUCACAUUCUAGCACAAAUCAACCAGGUUUGAGGGCUAACUACGUGAAUGUGGAGAGGAUUCACUCAUUGCUUCAGGAGUCGCUGGUUUUCUUUGUCCACUUGACUGCCAAGUUCCCACUGGUUCUCAUAUUCCUCCUCAUUGUCCUAUAUGCAAUACCUGCCAGUGCUGCCAUUCUGGCCCUGUACAUCCUUGUCACUAUCCUGUUUGCACUGCCUUCUUUCUUAAUAUUGUACUUUGCAUAUCCUAGUUUGGAUUGGAUUGUCAGAGAAAUUGUCACAUGAGAAUCUCAAUCAUGUCCAAGACAGGAUGUGUAAGUUGGAGCUUCUGGAUUGAUCAUGAAGUAUGUUCAUGUUGUAAUUCAGCUAUCUUGUAGUGCACAAAAUCCUGUCUAACGAAGGUUGGAAACUGGCAUUACAUAUGAAAGGAACUUAUUUCUGGUGCAUGGAUGCUAGGCACAAUCAUCUUGACAUACAUCAAUAUUGCCAGCUUCUUUGUU